CGGCGUGGCGCUGUGGACGCAGUCCGCAAAUUCCGACGAGCCAAGCGAGCACCAGCGCGCCAAGGAGCAUGGCCCGGCGAUCGAUGAGCCCCGACGAAGAGUUUGUACCCGAGCGCUUGCGCCCCUACAUGCACCACUCGCAUGAAGAUUUCUGGGUCUCGCGCUGCUUCCAGCCACUCUACCUCGCGCUCAUCAUGUACGAAGGCUUCCUCCCGAUCGCGACGCAGCAAGCGCGGACCGUGUACUUGCUGCCAAAGCUCCACAUGGAGCGCUGCAUCCUCGAUCCUGCCACGUUCCACAUUUCGAAAAGCGUGCGCAAGAAGGCCAAGGAGUACACGCUCAAGUUCAACACGGCAUUUGACGCGGUUGUGCACGGCUGCCACGAGCAGCACGGCGUCGCGUGGCUGUACCCGGAGGUCGUCCAAGGCUUUCGCGGCUUGCUGCCCGGCGUCACCGUCUCGGACCAAGGCCAUCAAGUCCGAUUACACAGCGUCGAGCUCUGGCGAGGCGACGUGCUCGUCGCGGGCGAGCUCGGGUACACCAACGGCGCCAUGUACACGAGCCUCACGGGCUUUGUUCAACCGGGUGCGAGUGGCGCCGGCACGAUGCAGCUACAAGCGCUCGGGAGCUACCUCCACGUGCACGGCUUCCUGGUCUGGGACCUUGGCAUGUCGAUGGAGUACAAGCUUCACAUGGGCGCCAUCGACGUCCCGCGGCCAACCUUUGUCGCAAUGGUUCGCGAACUUCGGUCCGCUCAAGUGGCCAUGCCUGGACACGAUGUGAAUGCACGCACCAUCAUGGACGCGCAUAUAGCGACAACAGACCGACAACAUUGAAUGGAAUGUACUACAUAUCCGA